GGUGCAGUUAGAGCACUUGACAAGAUCUUUCUUCCUUUAACUGUACCCGCUGAAGACGAGUUUAGAUAUCAAAGUGGAAAAGGCAAGAUUAGUACAAAUGUUUUGACUUUUUGUGAUGCUAAUCUGAGGUUCACUUAUGUUCUGCCCGGUUGGGAGGGAUCAGCUUCAGAUUCUCGAGUGUUGCGUGAUGCUCUAUCACGUGAAAAUGGUCUUAAAGUUCCUAAAAGUAGGCUUCUGUGA